AUGGGGUCCUUCUGCCGGGAUGAGAAUGUGGCGCACUUUGUGGCAUACGCGUCGCUCGUCUUCAGGGAGUUCUCAGGCCGUGUGGUGUCGUGGGCCACCUUCAAUGAGCCGUCUGUGUCCAUGUUCUCGGGCUACCUGGCAGGCCUCUACCCCCCGGGCCGUAUGUUCGCCUUUACAACUGCAGGCAGGUACCUGAAGAAUGUGCUGGCAGCGCACGUCGAUGCAUACAAGGCGAUGAAGGCGCUGCCUGGGGGCGACCGAGCGAGGGUCGGCCUUGUCGUGCAUGACAUCACCUUUGUUCCUCGCAGGCGUUGGUACAUGCACUCGAGGUGGAUCGCCAAUUGGAUGACAUACUGGUGGGGCCGUGACGUGGUGCUGGACUUCAUGAUGACGGGGCAAUACGAGUGGCGGGUGCCCGGCAGGGGGGUGCGCGUUAAGUACAGCAACCCCGGAGGACGACCGCCCUGCGACUGGCUGGGCAUAAACUACUACACAAGGUGCGUCGUGGGCUGGAGGCUCAACGCCACGCACAUGCCGGGAGAGGUCAUGACAGACAUGCCUUACCCGGUGUACCCAAGGGGCCUUUACAACGCUAUCAAGAAACUUAGUGUCCUGGGCAUCCCCAUGUACAUAACGGAGACAGGCAUCGCGGAUAGGCUGGACGACCGGCGGAAGGAAUGGAUCCGAGGGUACACGCGCCAGAUCAUGGAAGCAAUCAAUGACGGCUUCGACGUGCGGGGCUUCAUGUACUGGACGCUGGUGGAUAACCUGGAGUGGAACUUCGGCUACAAGUACCGAUUCGGCCUGUAUCGGUGGGACCCCGACGUCGGGGGCGUCGACCGCCAGCUGCGGGAGAGCGCCAAGGUGCUGCGGUACGUGUAUCAAACGUGGCCGUCCGACCUGCAGACGAUGAGGGACUACGCGAAGCGCUUGUCCAGCUUCGAGGAGGGGGAGCCGGAGGGCGGGAGCAGGAAGGGAUGGAAGUGGCGGGCGCUUUCGUGA